AUGUCGGCAGCAUCAGUAGCAGGGCCAUCUGCGUCUACCUCCUCGGCUCCCGUUGACGCAGAUCUCGUCGCUACGACGUUCAAACGUCUGCAUCCCAUCUCGUAUCUCUCGCGCUUCCUCGAUUCUUCCAUUCGCGAAGAUGGCCGAGCUCUCCCCGCCUUCCGCGAUGCCACUCUCACCCUCGGCUCGAUAUCCACCGCUGAUGGCUCUUCAUUCAUCCGUAUCGGCAACACAUCGUGCAUCGCUGCUGUCAAGGCAGAGGUCGCACCACCACAGUUGUCUCGUCCGAGCGAGGGCUAUCUAAUUCCCAACGUCGAGCUUCCUGCUGUCUGCUCGUCCAAGUUCAAGCCAGGCGCUCCUGGAGAGGAAGCCCAAGUACUGACAAGCAGGCUCUUGGCACUGCUCAAUAGCUCCAAUGCGCUCAAUCGCGAGCAUCUCUGUAUCGAAGAGUCCAAAGCCGUUUGGUGUCUCUACCUCGACAUCAGCUUCAUCUGCUUCGACGGAAACGCAAUAGAUGCAGCUGUCCUCGCCGCGGUCGCUGCUCUCUCUCACACGACACUCCCAAAGGCCACCUACGAUCAAGAUACUGAACAAGUGCGCUGCUCGUCGAGCCCUUCCGAUCGCUCUCCCUUGCAACUCGACGAGAUCCCAUUCGCUUCCUCGUUCUCCAUCUUCGAGAACCAGCAUCUGCUCAGCGACCCCACAGCUUUCGAGGCCGCUCUCUCGUCCUCCCACGCCACCAUCGCCAUCUCGCUCAAUCCAUCGUCCAUUCCCAAAUCGUCAAAGGCAAAGCCAACCGUCACCUUCCUAUACCAGUCGGGUCGUCUUUCCACAGCCAGCCCAGAUCAGUCUCAAAGCGCGACCGAUCAGCAGAACCUCCGAAUUUGCAUCGACCGCGCAUAUUCGCGAGCCCAGCAGCUCGCUACUCUGCUACGCGAUGCUCAGGAACAAUCUUCGUAG